AUGCCCACGUUCCAUCAAGUUGGUCCAGACGGAGUAUGGUUCAACCGUAAUGAGACAGUGGAGGUGCCAAGUGCAAAGCUUAUCGGGAGGGCUAGCCGCUAUGGUCUCCAGAUCUCCAGCACCGACCAUCAGACCCGACCGCAGGGUAGAGAACUCCCAGGCGCAAACCAGGCCCUUCUGGAUCCUCGAAUGGCAAUGUUGCUCCACGGGCCACAGAACGAGGAGACCUGUUACUCCGUCGCAUGGACACGCUUGGAUGCCGGUAUGCCGGAUCGAUCCUAUCGCCCCAGCCCGCCCGCUUGCGCGCGCCAAUCUGGCGGCUAG